UCUCUCUCAAACAUGGCCACCAUGAUGGAGUGAAUGCAAUAACUUUGAAUUUCAGAUUUUUAUGGGGGAAAGUCGGGUUUUUUUUCUUACUGGAGAACGAAACAUUUCAUCGGAAAACUACAUAUAUCAUACUUUGUCAAUGUUGUAGCUUUUGGAGAAGUUGUCCGGGGAUUCCACACUCGUGUAAGUUGGCUGGGGAGCGAGCGAGCUGUAGAGAAUUGCAUCAAUUUCGUAAGCAUUACCCGUUUCUCACGAAUCGAAUGUUGUUUUUCUUCUUCGUUUCUCAUUCCGUCUACUGGAUAAACAAGGCAUCCUUUUUCACUUGACUUUUCCUCCGAACGAUGAAUUUUACGACUCGGAUGUAAAAACGCCACCUUUUGUAUUUUGUAGCACGCUUCUGGAAAAAAAAGGAAAGUGAUCCGUUUUUAAAGGGAAGGAGGGAGCUGGUAAAUUCGUCGUUGGAUCUAUUUUUGAGUACAUUUUUUUUUUUUGUUUCUGCACAAACAAACCGAAGAACUUGUAUUCGGAAUAUAACGGCAGUUAUAUGGUUUUUAAAGCCAAAUAAUUGCAUUUUCCCCCAGUGAUCUUACGAUAUCCUCGACCCCCCCAACCUGUAAAAAUACAAAAACACGAGUGUCACAUUUCUUAUGACGAUAAGGUCAUGAAGGCAAUAAUUCCACACUUCUAGGGUUACAAAGAAUGUCAUCAGAGGACAAGAGUCAGGAAGCCUCUGACUGUGGACUAUCCCCGCCUCCAGGCGGUGCCGGGACAACGCCUGUGGGCAGCCCAACUGCCACCGACAAACGCCCCCGGGGCCGGCCUCGCAAAGAUGCAGCAGCAGCCACACCCAAAUCCAGGAGGAAGUCUCGCAGCAGAGGCAAAGCGACAGCCGACGAUGAGGACAGCCUGGACGGGAUGGAGACUGGGGAAACUGAGAUCACUCAGGAGGCCGGGACAAAGGAGGCGCAGGGGGAUGGUGAAGGCGGUGAAGACAGCCAGUCUGCAGAGGGACCAGACGAGGACAAGCCGUGCUCCCCUCUCUUCCAACGCUCUGUAUCGCUGGACUCUGCCGGAUCUGUCGCCUUUGCCGCUGAUGAUGCCGGAAGCAGCAGGGAGAAGCUCUGUGCCUUCUGCUACUGUGGGGAGCGUAGCCUGUUGGGUCAAGGCGAGCUGAAACUGUUUGGCCCUACGCCCGGCUACGUCCCACUCCACAUCCGCAACCGAAGGGCGUGUUCCGAGAAUGACGAUGACGGAAGCCCCGAACAAGAUACUGUUGGCAGCUUGGCAAGGGUCAGCUCCCCUGACUGCGGGCCACUCUCCUCUGCUACCGGGAGUGCCACUGGUUUCCGAGAAGAGCCUUCCCACAAGCCCUGGGAAGAGCUUGGGAACAUCGGCCUCCCUGAUGGCACCGAUGUCCAGUCUCUCUUCGACCCUACUGGCCAGUGCUGUGCUCACCAACGCUGUGCGGUCUGGUCACGGGGCGUGUGCAGGGGGGAGGGAACAUCGCUGCUCAAUGUGGACAAAGCCAUCGACUCAGGGAGCACAGAGUCCUGUGCAUACUGUAAGCGCCUUGGAGCAUCCAUCAAGUGCUGUCAGGAGGAGUGUUCCCGCUCGUACCACUACCCCUGUGCUGCUGCUGCGGGCACCUUCCAGGACUUCAGGAAGCUCACGUUGCUGUGUCCUAAGCACAUUGAGCUUGCCAUUGAACGAUCCAAGGACGAGGCAAACUGUGCGGUGUGCGACAGCCCUGGAGAUCUCCUGGACCAACUCUUCUGCACCACUUGCGGGCAGCACUAUCACGGCACGUGUUUGGACAUCGGCGUGACCCCACUGAAGAGGGCGGGCUGGCAGUGCCCCGAGUGCAAGGUCUGCCAGACGUGCAAGAACCCUGGAGAGGACAGCAAGAUGCUAGUGUGUGACACGUGUGACAAAGGUUACCACACGUUCUGCCUGCAGCCUGUCAUGGACUCUAUCCCUACCAAUGGAUGGAGGUGUAAGAACUGCAGGGUGUGUAUUCAGUGUGGAACCAAGACCAGCAGCCAAUGGCACCACAACUGCCUGCUGUGUGAGUUUUGCUACCAACAGCAAGAUGCUGGUGCUUCCUGUCCUCUUUGUGGAAAACCCCUUGGUGCCGAAUUCCUUUCAGACCACCUCACCUGUCAGUCUUGCAAGAGGUAUCUGCACCUGGAAUGUGAGCGCCAGGCAGGGGGACGUACAGACCCUCUAGACCGAGAGGGCUACAUCUGCACACUCUGCAAACACAUGGAGCUGGAAGUGGCUGAAACACACACCUGUCCUGCUCAUGAAGCCUUGGCCCCCAGUCUGGAGUCCCUGCCCUGCCCUGUGGACACUGGUGCUGAAGGGGUGGCACAGGGGCAGCUAGAGGAUGGGGAUAAGAUGGAGGAAGAAGAGGCUGCUGUCAGAGCUCAUGAAGAACACACAGGGCUUUCAUCAGUCAUCGAUCCCACACAGGAAAUUCAGGUCACCGUGACUGUGACACAGGGCAUGGCCUCACCCGAAGAGAGACAGGACCUGGUGGAUGAGUGCCGUGCUGGUGCGGUGGUGGGUGAACGGGUUGAGGGCGUUCAGACUACGGACGAGAAAACUGUGUGUUUGACGUGGACUGAGCCGGAGGUCCAGCAGGAAGCAGAGGUACCGGCAGACACUUUGACUCCACCUACCAAAGAAACCGAUCCAGAGCCACUGAGCAUGGAUGAUGAACCCAUGGAAGUCUUGUCCUCCGAAUCAUUGCAUCUGGAUAAGGCAGAUGAGCAGAGUGCUCUGGACCUUGCACCGAAGGGUGGAGACAUGCUGCUGGGUGAUCUGUCAGGCGAGACAGUUGUGUUGCCACCCCCGGAUGCAAGCCCAUUGCUGCCCGAGAGGGGCAUUACCCCCCCAAGCGAGCACAGCUUCUCAGACCUGAGCUCACCAACUGCGGAGGACAAAGCCCCAAAGUACUCCCCUGAGGCCUCCUCGGAGAGCUCAGCCAAGCUGGCCACAUCACCACUUUCUGCAGAGGCCUCACCUAGGCAGAUUUCCCAGUCUCAGGGCUCUUCACUGGCAGCUGGCUACAUCGGCAACGUGCCGUCAGCUACCUUCAUACCGGUCACUCCAAAGAUUGGCAUGGGAAAGCCGGCCAUCUCUAAAAGGAAGUUCUCCCCGGGAAGACCCAGGGUGAAGCAGGGCACUUGGAGCAACCGUAGUGUGUUCAGCUCCCCCUCAUGGUCCCCUGACCGCUGGGAUGGGUGGGACGCCGCAAAGACCAGGCAGCCUGCCAACACCCCCAUCUGGAGCAUCAAAGUGGGCCGAGGAUCCAACUUCCCGGGGAGGCGGAGGCCCAGGGGAACGAACCUGUCUGGGAGAGGCGGCCGGGGCCGCUCCAAACUCAAGAAUGACGUUGGGCCCCUGCUCGCCCCUGGAGUCAGCAUGAUCGAGCCCUUUGUGGUGAAGGAGGAGGAAGAGAACACCAUGCAUAACACAGUGGUCAUGUUCUCCAGCAGUGAUGUCUUCACCAUGAGACAGGACAUGUGCGUGGUGUGUGGAAGCUUUGGUCAGGGGGCCGAGGGGAGGCUGCUGGCCUGCUCCCAGUGCGGCCAGUGCUACCAUCCAUACUGUGUUAACAUCAAGAUCACCAGAGUGGUGCUGAGCAAGGGCUGGCGCUGCCUGGAGUGCACAGUGUGCGAAGCGUGUGGCCAAGCGAGUGACCCAGGUCGCCUCCUGCUCUGUGACGACUGCGACAUAAGCUACCAUACCUACUGCCUGGACCCGCCCCUGCAGACUGUCCCCAAGGGCAGCUGGAAGUGUAAAUGGUGUGUCUCCUGUACGCAGUGUGGUGCCACCUCCCCAGGUGUGGGUUGCGAGUGGCAGAACAAUUACACACUGUGUGCCCCGUGUGCUAGCCUUACUGUGUGUCCCAUUUGCUGCCAUGACUACCGGCAAGACGAGCUUAUCGUGCAGUGCCGGCAGUGCGACAGAUGGAUGCACGCGUGCUGUCAGAAUCUGAACUCAGACGAGGAGGUGGAGAAUGUAGCAGAUGAUGGCUUUGAAUGCGCUAUGUGCCAUGUCCGCAUGCCACCAUCACAGGCUGCCGUAACACCGUCAGCAGCUGCAGUCAUGUCUGAGGCCGGCGAAGCAGCAGCAGCUGUUGCAGCUCAGUGUGUAUUAAAAAUGAGAGAGCAAGACCCCCAGAAGACGUACACCCAGGAUGGUGUGUGCCUGACCGAGUCAGGCCUGUCCCAGCUGCAGAGCCUGGCAGCUGCUGCAUCCCGCCGCAAGCGUCCGAAACCCAAGCUGAAGCUCAAGAUCAUCAACCAAAACAGUGUGGCGGUAUUGCAGACCCCGCCGGACCCCCAGUCAGAGCACUCCCGUGACGCUGAUGUGGAUGACAGCAGAGAGGGGGACCUUCUUGAUUGUGAGGGGAAGUCGGACUCCAGCCCCGAGCGAGAUCCCCCUGAGGAGGACUCCAAGGUAGCUGAGGGUUCUGAUGGCACCAAGAAGAGGAAGAGGAAACCCUACCGCCCAGGUAUCGGUGGCUUCAUGGUGCGCCAGAGGAGCCGCACAGGCCAAGGCAAAGCCAAACGCUCACUUUCCAGGAAAGACUCCUCAGGCUCUGUGUCUGAGAACCUCCUUACAAAAGAUGAAGGCUGGAGCGAGCUGGCUUCUGAAAUGCCCAUUGACGACAUCCUGCCUGGACCAGAUACUGGCGAGAAGGUCAAAAAGCGGUACAGAAAGAAGAAGACGAAAUUGGAGGAGGAGUUCCCCUCAUAUCUACAGGAGGCCUUCUUUGGUAAGGACCUGCUGGACAGGAGCAAGCAAAGCAAGCAGACCCUGGAGCCAGGCCUCUCCGAUGAUGACCCUGUCCAGGCCGGUAGUAAACCCCCCAGUGCCAACAGCAGCUUCUUGGACCCGUUGUCAGACCCAUUGCUCAGUGCUGCAACUACACCGGUGUCCGGCAAAGCAGGAACCUUACCCAGUUCUGAGGACCCCUUGGCAGACCUGUCAGAGGUGCUGAACACUGAUGACGACCUCCUAGGAAUGCUUUCGGAUGACCUGGUGAAGCCAGGAGAUGAUUCAGGUCUUGAUUUAUACCCUUUCCAGGUCGAGAUCUCUUCCUCUCCAUUUGCUGGUCUGGACAUUGAUCCCAUCCCAGAUGAACCCGCUGUAACUCCGUCGCAGCCCCACCCAGGCCGAGGGCCAAGAACCCUCCCAGAUGAGCCAUUGGAUGGGAUUCUCAGUCCUGAACUUGACAAGAUGGUCACUGAUGGUGCAAUACUUGGCAAGCUUUACAAAAUUCCAGAGCUGGAGGGGAAGGACGUGGAGGAGGUCUUCACAGCCGUACUGAGUCCCAGCACCAGCCAGACAUUGCUGCCUUCCCACUCGCAGCACCCUAAUGCUGUAUCUGGCUCCACAUCACCCUUACCAAACUCAGGAAACGGCAUGUUUCCACGAAUGCCUGUGAUGAAUGGGAUGAUCGGGCUGAGCCCUCACUUCCCCCCAACGCCACCCAUGAUGCCUGGAGCGGGACCUUGUACCCCCAGCAACUUCUCUCCUAUCCACCGCAUGCCUUUCCCUGAUAACGCAAGAGACAAAAAAUUCAGCCAAAUGGGAGGUGAUGUGGUGGGACCCUGGGGCAUGCCUAUACCCCCACCACCAGCUGAGGGUGAGGUGGACACCAUGUCGAAUGCUCAGAGGAGUACGCUCAAGUGGGAAAAAGAGGAGACACUUGGUGAAAUGGCCACUGUGGCACCCGUCCUUUACACCAACAUGAACUUUCCCAACCUCAAGGAGGAGUUUCCAGAUUGGUCUACAAGAGUUAAACAGAUUGCAAAGCUUUGGCGAAAAGCCAGCUCCCAGGAAAGAUCACCGUAUGUGCAAAAAGCAAGGGACAACAGAGCUGCCUUACGUAUAAACAAGGUGCAGAUGUCUAAUGACCCUUCUAAGAGGCAGCAGCAGUCUGACCUCUUUGACCCUAACGUCCCACUGGACUCAGAUAUCCUUUUUAAGGACCCCUUGAAGCACAAGGAAUCAGAACAUGAGCAAGAGUGGAAGUUCCGACAGGGAGACUUAAAAUCAGCUGUCGAGACCCCUUAUGAAACAGCAGGAAAAGGUCCCAAAACCCAAGGACAUCAGCAAAUGAGACAAAAAAGCAAACAACAAGCCAAGAUUGAAGCCAGUCAAAAGUUGGAGCAGGUGAAGAAUGAACAACAGCUUCAACAGCAGCAGCAGCAACAGCAGUUUGGCAGUCACUCUGGGGGUAAUACUCCCAACAGUGGCAACCAGAGCCCCAUGACUCCUCAGCCCACCAAUGGCAGCACAUCGCCAGUGCAGCAUAUGGUGCCCAAAGACAGUUUAGCCUGCUCACAGCUCCCUGGAACGCCUACAUCAGGAUCUCUGGAUGACGUGUUUUUGCGACCUCAGCCCCCGCCUCCCACAGGCACACGUUUGACAGAAGCCUGUUCUCAGGGUCAGGCAUCCCAACCCCAGUCUCCUCAGAUGUUUUCCACUGGCACUGCUUCAUCCAGCUCAAGACCAUCUUCUCCAUGGGAUCCCUAUGCCAAAAUGGUGGGAACUCCAAGGCCUCCCCCCAUAGGGUCUAGCACACCUCGGAGGAACUCCACAGAGUCCUGCAGUGCUCCCAGACUACCAUCUGAGCAGCAAGAAAGAGGGAGACCCUCCUCGGGUCAUGAGUCCUUUGGUUCACCAACAUCUGCAAGCGUUGAUCCUUAUGCUAAGCCACCAGACACACCCAGGCCUGCAGUGACAGCAGAUCCAUUUGUGAAGCCUAUGGGUCCCCCAAAAGCAGGCAUUGUUUUAGAGUCACAGGGGAGGCAUAUGCCAGCUUCUGUCAUUGGAGAUGCUUUUGCUAGGCCUUCCCACCGAGCUGAGGCAUAUCAACGAAUGUCUCAUAACAAAAUGGUUCUUUCAGAUCCCUACUCCAAGCCUUUGCUGACCCCUAUACCAGGAAGUAAUGAAUCUGGUUCGGUGCCUCUAUUCAAAGCUCCAAUGCCACCCCCUCAUCCACAAGAUCUUUAUAACUCCACACCUUCAAUAGGUCGGCGUAACUCUGUAGACUCAUUUGAAAGACCUACAAGGCUAUCUGAUACGUUUUCUCAAAAUUCACAGAAUGACCCAUAUGCACAUCCUCCACUUACUCCCUGCACAUCUAUGAAUGAUAAUUUUUCAAACUCUCCUAAGAUGAUGCAUCAUCCCCAAAGCAAUGCCUUUUGUCAGCCCAUGCCAAUGGUGCGCCAUCCUUCCAGAGAUGCAUUUGCACAGGCCUCUUCUACUUCAAGGUCAGACUUCACCCAGAAAUCACCUGACCCUUAUACGCAACCUCCUGGCACCCCUCGCCCAUCUGACCCCUAUGCUCAACCCCCAGGCACACCUCGACCUGCUUAUGACCCUUAUGCUCAACCUCCUGGCACUCCUAGACCGUUUGACCCUUACAGUAAACCACCCGGCACUCCAAGGCCAGCCUCGGACUCAUUUUCAAAUUCAGCAUCUCGUCCAGGUGGGGUAGACCAGUAUUCUCCACAACAACCUUCUAAUCGCAGGUCAUCCCCUUCCCAUGCCAUGGAGCCUUAUCCUCAGCCACCAGGGACACCUUGUCCUGGUACGGGAGAGAGGUUCUCUAAAUCUCCUGUAAGCCAAAGAAAUGCUGAUUCCUAUUUUCAGCAACCUGAAACCCCAAGGCUAGUAAAGAAUGACACCUAUGCUCAACAACCUAAUAUUCCAAAACCAGUGUUGAGUGACCCGUAUUCCCAGCCACCAGGGACACCGAGACCAGGGGUAGGUCCAGAAGUGUUUAACAGACCAGUUGCCAGAACUGGACCAGUGUCUCAAGACCCAUUCUCAUCACCUCAGGUUACAAUGCAGGAAAAUUUUGUUAGGCCUCAGACACCAAAACAUUCUGGGUUGUCUGAUGACGGAUUUGCUCAGCCACAGUCUAAUCCUGCUAGCCAGACUCCGGUUCAUGACCCCUAUGCGCAGGCUCCAAUGACCCCACGACCACAGCUGGGAGACAGACUUGCACGUGAAGUCAAAGACCAGGUUGAAGUGGGACACGAGGGCAGUUCUCAUGGUGUGGGACAAUUCUCAAAUCUUCAGCAAUCAACUAGUAACAGUACAGAGUCUCAGAGUGGUGCGCAGCUGCCUUUGGGGGACACUGAGGAGAAGCUCAGACAGCGGCAACGGCUGCGUGAGCUUAUCCUUAGACAGCAACAGCAGAAGAGUGCUAUUCGACAGGAAAAAGGCUUGCAGGAGCCAAGCUCUUCCAUACCAGGAACUCCUAGACAGUGGUCGCAAGAGGAAACGGGACAACAGAACGAGCUGUUCAAUCGGCCACCUCCUCCAUACCCUGGGACUGCAAGAGGAUCAGUGAUAUCUACAGGGCAGAGGUUCCCAGGACUCUUUCCUGGAGAGCAGCGUGGGGCUUUCCAAAAUGAAGGACAGUUUCCCAGAGCCCAGUUUUCUGCUGACGUUGCCAACAUGGGUAUGAGACCACCUGAACCAAGGUUUGGCUUCCCUUCUGGAGGUCAGGUAACUCUUGGAGGACAGGGGCAUUUCCUUAGAUCUCCACAUCACAUGCAAGGACCAAUGAUUGACGUUCCCCAGCAGAUGAGGAGAUCUCUGUCUGUCGAUCUGAGCAGAACCAUAGGGAACAAUUCACUAUUGUUACCUCAACAUUUCCCACCAAGGAGCAUACCUUUACAGCAACACAAUAUCAUGGGACAGCCUUUUAUUGAGCUUAGACACAGAGCUCCUGAGAACAGGGUGCGGCUUCCCUUUGCUCCUCCAGCAAUUGCAGGGAAUGUUGUGGAUCAGUCAGUCCAAUCUCAAAGACCAGCAGACCCCAUGUUGUCCCAGCCAUCAGGAAUUACCAGUCACAUGCAGAUCUCAUCCAGCAUGGAAAACCCCCACCAGCAGUCCUUGCCAUUAAACACAGAGCCUCAGCAAGCUCCAGUAAUGAGGUCGAGUCACCCAGCAACUACUGAAUCUUUCAAUGUGGCUCCAUCUGCCCUUCUGUCCAUAACACCUGCUGACCAACCAGAGGAUAUUGCUGUUAAUACUGAGGGAAUUGAGGAGAAAUUGGACACUGAUGACUCAGCAGUGAAAGAUCUGGAAGAUGUGGAGGUGAAAGAUUUAGAUGAUGAAGACCUUGAAAAUCUUAACCUUGACCCAGAUAGUACUAAAGAAUUAGACUUGGAAACAAGUGACUUGCAUCUUGAUGACUUUUUAAAAUCUGGAAAAUUUGACAUCAUUGCCUACACAGAUCCAGACCUUGAUCUGGGGGACAAGAAGGAUAUGUUUAAUGAAGAAUUGGAUCUCAGCGAUCCUAUUGAUGACCAGAGUGAGGCUUCAGAUUUGCAAAAAGCACUCUCAGAAAAAAGGAAUGCCAGUUCUGUCAGCACUGAACCUUCACCAGCCUUAACUAACUCUACAGUAGCAAACCCAUCUGUUCCAGGGCAGGGUAAAGUCAAGCAGGAAAGCACCAGCUCUAACGAAAAUAAUCCCUUGCACACUGAGGUUAAAACUGAAGUUAAAGAGUGCUUGAACAGUGCUCAUGAGUCCUCAGGCUACAGAGGUCUGUCUGAUGAGAAUGUGGCAAAAAACCAGGGGGGAGAUGGGAAUGUUCCCAGUCUCACUGGCAAAUCUGCUCAUCCAGUUACCCAGUCUUGUGCCAUUGCCCAUCCUGUUCCUACUCCAGUGCUUUCAAGCUUAUUGAUUGAGGAGAAGUUAGAAAAUGCUGGCUUUGCUUCAGUGGUCCCUACUGAUCACAGUGGUCCAGGGGCUCAGGGUAGCCAGCUCGCAGGCAUGCCACAAAAUUCUAGCCUUCUGAUGGCACCAGGACAUAUCCAAGAGGUUGAAAUGAACCCCAGUGUAACCAUAGGCCACAGGAUGGAUCCCUCUCCUGCAGUUGGUACAACCAUGGGCAAUCCAGAAUUCCUGCAAGGACCUUCUGUUCGCCCAAAUUAUGGAGCUGCUGGUCCACAGGGAGAACAGAUCAUCCCGACAGGGGGUCAGCCAAUGACCCAUAAUCAGCAGCUCAUGUUUUCUCAGGGCUUGAACCAGCAGAACCGCCCUUUGUUGUUGGAAGAGCAACCACUACUCCUGCAGGACCUUUUGGACCAGGAGAGACAGGAGCAGCAGCAGCAGCGGCAAAUGCAGGCGAUGAUCCGACAGCGGUCCAAUGACUCCUUUUUCCCCAACAUUGAUUUUGAUGCUAUCACCGAUCCCAUCAUGAAGGCUAAGAUGGUGGCCUUGAAAGGAAUCAAUAAAAUGAUGGUUCAGAGCAGUAUGGGAAUGCCACCCAUGGUCAUGAACAGAAUUCAAAUGGGUGGUCAGCAAGGACCUGAAGGUGUUUCUGCUGUUCCUCAGCAGGUGAUUGGCCAGGAUGGCAAGUUGGCAUCACAGCUGCCAAGGCGUAAUCCACCAAAUUUUGGGCCAGGAUUUGUCAAUGACUCUCAGAAGAAGCAGUAUGAGGAAUGGCUCCAGCACACUCAGCAGCUACUGAAGAUGCAGCAGAAGUUCCUGGAGGAGCAGAUUGGGGCCCACAGGAAGUCCAAGAAGGCCCUCUCAGCAAAGCAACGUACUGCCAAGAAGGCCGGCCGUGAGUUCCCUGAGGAGGAUGCAGAGCAGCUGAAGCAUGUGACAGAGCAGCAGAGCGUGGUGCAGAAGCAGCUGGAGCAGAUUCGUAAGCAGCAGAAAGAACAUGCAGAACUGAUUGAGGAGUAUCGUGUGAAGCACCUGCAGUGCAGCAUGCAGCAGCCCCCCAUGGUGGCAGGCAUGCAACCUCAGACAGUCAUGCUUUCAGGAGGUCCUCCCAUAAAUCAACCCAGGAUGAGUCCCAUGAUGCAGAUGCAGCCAUACCACAAUCAACCCAAUGCUCCCCGCAUGUCUGGCAUUCCAGGGUGGCACCCCGGUGCCCCCAGGCCCAUAGGUCCUGGUGUUCCUGCCCCCAUGGCUUCUCAAGCACCCUCAGCCAACACAGUCCAGCCGGUGCAAACGGCCAAUGGAGGUGGGGCGCCACACGUCAAGUUUGACGACAACAACCCGUUCAGCGAAGGCUUCCAGGAGCGGGAGCGGAAGGAACGGCUACGGGAGCAGCAGGAGAGGCAGCGGGUACAGCUCAUGCAGGAGGUGGAGCGGCAGCGUGCCUUGCAGCAGCGCAUGGAGAUGGAGCAGCAGGGUCUCCUUGGUCCAGAUGGGAAUCAGGAUACUCUCUCGCAAAUGGCCUUCUACGGCACUGACCUUCCUCGUGACUUCAUGCAGCCACAGAGGCCAUCAGCACCACAGCAGAUGUUCCCACAGCAGGGUGUCCAGCCCAGCUUCAUGAGCUCCUCACCGGGUACAUUCUUUAUGCAGACUGGAGAGCGGAGGCCUUUGAUAGGCAAUGGGUCUUUCAGCUCUGAGAUGGGUCCCAGUUUUAGGCCCAAACAUCUGAUGCUACAAGGCCCAAGUUUUGGUCCAGGUCAGCCCAGGCCCCCAGGCUUUACCGGCCCAGGCAUGAUGCCUCAGGGCUCUGCUGAUGGACCACCAUUUGGCGUUGAAUCUGCUACACCACUUCCACCAAACUACCCUGGCUCAGGUCAGUCGCUCAUCCAGCUCUACUCCAACAUCAUCCCUGAAGAAAAAGGGAAGAAGAAGAGGAAUCGCAAAAAGAAGAAAGAUGAUGAUGUGGACUCUGUGAAAACACCCUCCACUCCUCACUCUGAUCUCACAGCACCGCUGACCCCUUGCGUGUCUGACACAUCCUCUACACCCACCAGGGGCUCUCAGCAUCUGGGAGAACAGGAUUCAUGUGAACUUCACCUAGGGUCUUCCACCCCGGGCUCCCUGUGUGGCCAGCCUCCCUUCGAACUAGAGCGGCAGCUGUCAGGAGGCAGCAAUAGUACUGGAGGUGGUGCUCCCCCUCUGCCAGGACCAUGCCAGCAGCCUUCAACCUGCAUAGAAACAGACAGAGCUCCUCCAGAUGAGCAGCAAAAUAUCACUGGUGAGAUCAAGCUGGAGAGAAUGGAGACAAACGAAUGUCACGGGCCUAGAGAACCGAAGCUGAGUGAGGAGGCUAGAGUGGUUAAGGUAGAGGAGGGAACAUUGGCCCUUUUGACAGACCAGAAUUCUUCUCAGAGUGGUAAAGGAGAGUCUGGUAAUGAGCUGCUGAAGCAUCUGCUGAAGAACAAGGAUGUGCCACCACUGCAUUUGCAGCAGAGACUGGAAGACGACAAGACCUCUGCAAACAACAAACCCAUCUCUGUAGAUGCUUCCAGGGCGGCCAUGGACAGCCAGCUGUCAGGUGACAUGGAAGUGGGGUCACUGGCCCCUGACCACAGCAAAAAGAAGCAGCGCACCAAGAGAGCCCCCAAGAGUGCAGAGAAGGCAGUGUCCCGCUACAAGAAGAGGAAGAAAGAGGAUGAAGAGCAGGGAGGGCAGAUAGUGUGCUCUAAUACUGACACACUGAUGACCCAGCUUAAGCAGCAGCUGUCGCUUCUACCCUUGAUGGAGCCUCUAGUGGGUGUGAACUUUGCCCACUUCCCUCCUUACGGCAGUGGGCAGAUCAAUGGGGAGAGCCGGUUGUCGGGAACCUUUGGCAGUGCCUCACUGGAUGGUGUGUCUGACUACUAUUCGCAGCUCAUCUACAAGCAGAACAACCUGAGCAACCCUCCAACACCACCAGCCUCCCUCCCCCCAACACCACCCCCUGUGGCUCGCCAGAAAAUGGUCAAUGGUUUUGCCACUACAGAGGAGCUAGCAAGGAAGUCAGUUGUCCUGGCAGGGCAUGAUGUAACCAAAACCCUGGGUGCAAAACAGCUCAGACCUGAGGAAGACCUGCUGGCUCGAGCGAUUGCUCAGGGCCCCAAAACAGUGGAUGUGCCUGCGUCCCUACCCACUCCUCCCCACAAUAAUCAGGAGGAGCUGAGGGGUCAAGAUAUGUGCGAGGACCGGGACACACCCGACAGUUUCAUACCUUCCUCAUCCCCCGAGAGCGUGGUUGGCAUGGAGAUCAAUCGCUACCCAGACCUGUCCCGGGUGAAGAAGGAGCCCCCGUCCCCAGCUCCUUCCCCUGUCAUCCCCAUGCUGCCCAGCGCCAUUGGCAAGGGUUCUGAAGCCAAGCAGUGGGACGUGAAGCUGGAGCCUCAGAGCAUGUCAUUUGGACCCCACUUCGGCCAGCUUCCUAACUGUUCCAAAACAGGCCUGGUGUCCAUAGCAAUUACCUUGAACCCCACAGCAGCUGAGAACAUAACUGGCGUAAUGGCUGCCAUGGCCGACCUUCUCUGUGUGAAGAUCCCGAACAGCUAUGAAGUCAGCAGCACCCCAGACCGUGGGCCCCUGGCCAUGCUCGGGGGCCUCAGGAUUCCUUCACAGGGCUUAGAUCGCCACCUCUCUGCAAUGUACUCCAUGCAUAGCACUGGCUCCCAGGGAAUCAUGCGCUUCAUGAGGCCCCCAGGGCCUCAGGCUCACUGUCCCUCUCCCAGCAGUGGAUGGGUCAGCGCUCCAGGUGUAGCUGUGGACCAAGGAGAGCAUCAGGCAGCAAAAGGAAACAUGGGAUCCAAGUCACAGUGGUGCUGCCACUGCAAGGUGGUUGUCCUUGGAACUGGAGUGCAGAAGUCCUCCAAAGACCUGCUGUGCAACAAACAGGAUGUGCAGGAUGGCUGGAACCAGGCAGAGGUGGACAUGGUCUUCUGUAGCCACAGCUGUUUUGUGCUCUACUCAGCCACAAUGCAGUCCAAGGCCAUGGACACCAAGCAAGCGCUCUCUGUGCUUCCCAAGUCGGACAUCAAGGAGAGCCCCUCCAAAAUACUGCACCCUUACAGUAACAACAUUUCCACCCUGGAUGUGCACUGUUUGGCCCAACUGCAGCCUAGGCAGUCUCCUCCCUCCACCCCACCCAUCACCUUUCCAUCUGCCGCCUAUGAUGCUACCAAGGCCGAUGCUCUCAAGGUCACGGUCAAGCUGAAACCACGGCCUCGUGCCGUUCACAUUGGAGUGGAUGACCCACGUCACACUGUCAAGCGCUGGAAAGGCCUUCGCUGGCGGAAGUGGAGUGUGCAGGUCAUGAUGCCCCGGAGCAGCUCCCAGCUUCCAAGUGAGGACGAGGUAGACAGGCUCCUGCAAAAACUGGGGUCUUCGCUGAGGCCUGAGCCUCUCCCCCGAGACCAGCGUAAGUGUUGUUUCUGUCACGAGGAGGGUGACGGGCUCACGGACGGCCCAGCCCGUUUGCUCAACCUGGACCUUGACUUGUGGGUUCACCUCAACUGUGCCCUGUGGUCCACGGAGGUGUACGAGACACAGGCAGGUGCCCUCAUUAAUGUGGAGUUAGCGCUGCGCCGGGGCCUUUCUAUCCGAUGUGUGUACUGCCAGCGCACAGGUGCCACCAGCGGGUGCCACCGGCUGCGAUGCACCAACGUCUACCACUUUACCUGCGCCCUCAAGGCCCAGUGUACGUUCUUCAAGGACAAGACCAUGCUGUGCCAUGCCCACAAACCGCGCGGUGGUGGCGGCCAGGAGCAUGAACUACGCUACUUUGCCGUCUUCCGGCGCGUAUAUGUGCAGCGCGAUGAGGUGCGACAGCUGGCCAGCGUUGUGCGCCGGAGCGAGCGGGACCACACCUUCCGUGUGGGCAGUCUGGUUUUACACACAGUGGGCCAGCUGCUUCCCCAGCAGAUGGCCGCCUUCCAUGGAUCCUCUGCCAUCUUCCCUGUGGGCUACGAAUCCAGCCGCAUUUACUGGAGCAUGCGCCAUGGCAACAGGCGCUGCCGCUAUCUGUGCUCCAUUGACGAGAAGGAGGGCAGCCCUGAGUUCAUCAUCCGCGUAGUGGAACAGGGUUAUGAGGACCUCGUCCUCAAGGGCACCACCCCCAAAGGGGUCUGGGAUCAGGUUCUGGAGCAGGUAGCACAGCAUAGGACAGAGACUGGGACACUCAAACUCUUCCCAGUCUACCUGAAAGGAGAAGAUCUCUUUGGCCUCACUGUCUCUGCAGUGACCAGAAUAAUAGAAUCGCUCCCAGGAGUGGAGGCGUGUGAGAACUAUGCCUUCCGCUAUGGCCGCAACCCCCUGAUGCAGCUGCCGCUGGCCAUCAACCCCUCUGGCUGUGCCAGAUCUGAGCCCAGAGCUGCCUGUCAUGUCAAGAGGUUUGUGUUAAGGCCUCACACCUUGACUAGCACCAGCACCUCAAAGUCCUUCCAGAGUACCAUCACUGGGGAAAUUGGCGCUCCCUACAGCAAGCAAUUUGUGCACUCCAAGUCCUCCCAGUACCGAAAGAUGAAGACUGAGUGGAAGACCAACGUAUACCUGGCCCGGUCACGCAUCCAGGGCCUCGGACUGUAUGCGGCCAGGGACAUAGAGAAGUACACCAUGGUGAUUGAGUACAUUGGAACAAUCAUUCGCAAUGAGGUGGCCAACAGGAAAGAGAAGAUGUAUGAAUCCCAGAACCGUGGCGUGUAUAUGUUCCGCAUUGACAGUGAACAUGUCAUUGAUGCAACGAUAACAGGAGGUCCCGCAAGGUACAUCAACCAUUCAUGUGCACCAAACUGUGUGGCUGAGGUGGUGACAUUUGAAAAGGGCCACAAAAUCAUCAUCAGCUCAAAUCGCAAGAUUCAGAGAGGAGAGGAGCUGUGCUACGACUACAAAUUUGACCUGGAAGAUGACCAGCACAAGAUCCCUUGUCACUGUGGGGCAGUAAACUGCAGAAAAUGGAUGAACUAAAAAAAAAAAAAAAAAAAAAA